AUGGGCGAAUCCGAGGAGGGAAACAAGCAGGAAGUCCUAGCCAACCCGCUAGAUCAACAAAGCGCUACACCAGCUCCCGCUCCCGAGGCUGAGCAGACCACCCCCCGCGAAGAGACCCUCGCGCAGGCGAAGAAGUUCCUCCAAGAUGCAGAGGUUCAGAAUACAACACCAGAACGCAAAGCCGAGUUUCUCAAGAGCAAGGGACUAGUAGAUAGCGAUAUCGAAGGGCUGUUAAACGAAGUGACCCAGGAUGGGCGGCAAGAAUCACAAGCCUCGGUUGCGGAAGAGAGGAUAGAGCCACCACCGUCUAAGAAGGAAGACCGACCACCGAUCGUGACAUACCCCGAGUUCCUGACCAAGCCCGAACGGCCACCGCCUCUGGUAACGGUCAACCGCUUCCUCAACACACUUUACGCCUUUGGCGGCUUGUCCACCCUCGUCUACGGCGCGAGCAAGUUCGUCGUCGAGCCAAUGGUCCACACACUCACCGAAGCGCGCAUCUCGCUCCACGACACAGCCAACCAAGACCUCACAAAACUUGUCGCUAAACUCGAGACAGUCGUCUCCGAAAUCCCAGCGCCCAAGACGAAAGACCCCAGAGGCCACCCCACAACCACCGAAAAGCACGGCGACGACGACGCGGUUAGCAGCUACGACGACCCGACCGAGCUCUUCCACCGGGACAUUGGCAUCCAAACCUCGCGCCCCUCAUCCCCGCAAUACCUCCACCAGCCGCUGCCCCAACAGGACGAAGCACCGACCGCCUACCAGAGCCAGCGGCUCGCGCGGCUGACCGCGUCGCUCAAGUCGCUCAACGAGAGCGUGGACGACCAGGGCGAGACGCUGGGCGACGUGCACACGACGAUGGACGUGCUGCAGCAGGACGUGGACAAGCUCAACGCGGCGGCCGCGGCCGACUUCGUCGGGGGGUUCUCCAUGUACGGCGGCGCCAACAAGAACGAGCCCGACGACGAGAUCAAGCGCGCCAAGGAGAAUAUCCGCCGCGUCAAGGGCGCGCUGUUGAGCACCCGCAGCUUUCCGGCGAGCAGUCGGUAG